CCAAUGUUUGUGUGUCUACAGAUGGAAGGCGCAGAUGGGGCUGCUGUCCCCCCGAGCUUGGCCGAUCGCUCCCAUCGAAGCAGCAUCUCCUCCAUGUGUGCCCGAUCGGUGGAUGUCCUGGUAUAUCUGAUCGAUGACACUGUGGUGCAGCUGAGCGUGGACAGUCUGAUGUCUGUCACUGUUCAUGAGCUACAUCGCAUCGUCCGGGACGCCCUGCAGCUUCCUGAGUGUGCCAUGGAAGUCUUCGCCCUGUGGCUCAUCUCUCCCUUGCUUGAGGUGCAGCUGAAGCCGAAGCACCAGCCAUACAAGGUGUGCCGCCAGUGGCAGGAGCUGCUCUUGCGUUUCACUGAUUGCCAGGAGGAUGAGAUCAUGCAGGAUGAGCCUUCCCUGCAGUUCAGAAGGAACGUGUUUUUCCCGAAGAGAAGGGAGCUGCAGAUCGAAAACGAGGCUGUCCUGCGGCUGCUCUACGAAGAGGCCAAGUUCAACAUCCUGGAGGGACGCUACCCGUGUGAUGUGGAGGACUGCGAGCAGCUGGGGGCCCUGGUCUGCAGGCUGCAGCUGGGUCCCUACGACCAGGACCAGCAUACAGCCUGUGCCUUGAAGGAGAAGCUGGAGGCCUUCCUGCCCGCUCAUCUGUGCCGGCGGGGGCACAGCCUGCUCACAGCGCUGUGGAAGCGGGGGGCCAAGCAGCCAGCCUACGAGCAGGGGCUGCUCCAGGCCUACCAAACAGUGCGGGAGGAGGCAGCCUGCAACGAGCCUGAAGCUCUGCGCCAGCACUACCGGGCCUAUCUGCAGAGGUGCCACCAGCUGCCAUACUAUGGCUGCGCUUUCUUCUAUGGGGAGAUUGACAAGCCAGCCCAGGGCUUCCUGCAUCGGGGAGGGCGCAAGGCAGUGUCGGUCGCCAUCAGCCUGGAGGGUGUGUACGUCAUGGAUAGCAAGGAGAAGCACGUCUUGCUGGGCCUGCGGUUCCAGGAGCUCUCGUGGGACCACACGUACCCCGAUGAGGAGGAAGAGCACAUCCUCUGGCUGGAGUUCGAUGGGGAAAACGAAGGGAUCCUGGUCAACAAGCUGCUGAAGAUUUACUCCAAGCAGGCAGAGCUGAUGAGCGGCCUUAUCGAGUACUGUCUGGAGCUGAAUGUAGCAGCGGAGGCAUCGGCCCUGGAGAACAGCACCCUCCAGAGCCCCACGCUGCCAGCUCUGGCCAGCAAGCAGCGCCCCAAGCUGCGACGGCAGAACAGCGUGGUCUGCAGCCGCAUCCAGCACCUCGCCACCAUAGACUACAUUGAGGAUGGUAAAGAGAUCAAGCGUGUGAAACCCAAGAGGACAGCCUCCUUCUUCACCCGCCAGUUCUCACAUGGUGCUGCCUCCUAUUCAGCUGUGCAGGCUCCAGCGGAGAGCCUGGAGCAGGGCUGAGUGCCGUCUUCGCCGGUGCACAGGGAGCAAUGGACCGAUCCAUCUGGGGCAUGCCCUGUGCCUAGCAUGCUGGCUCUCCUCCUAGUGCCUCUCUAAGUUAUUCUGUGUUAAUUUAUACCAGUGGGAUCCCAGCUUGCUGCAUCGAAAGUCUUCUGCAGCCAUUCCAGCCUGAGCCCUCUGGUGCCUGGGCUCCUCUGGUUAUGUUGCUUUGAGUGUUCUCUGCAGCUGGGCAGUGACACCCCCUCCUUCCCCUGGGUGGUGGAAACCUCCCGGUGUGUUCUACUGUAUGUGUGCUGGCACGCCGCCGCUGAUUUCAGUUGGCACCGAUGUAAAAGAGGAAGAGCAGCCAUGCCAGCUCGCCAAGCCAGUAUUGCUCUGAGAUCAUCUCUUCCCUCCCCCCGGGCACUCCUAGACCUCUGAUUGCUGCCCUGACAGUGAGUGUGCUCUGCAUCGUUCCUACCCCAGAGCUCCAAGUCUCUCCCCCCAGGGUGAAGUGUCCCGUCAACACAGACUUCACGGAGUGCAGGGCCAGAACCUGCCUGCCUGUGCCCAUCAGUUCAGCACAUCAGGGUCAUGUGGCACCUCGCUUGUCCUGAAUGGGGAACUCUCCUGUCUCUGAAUGUCACCUCCCUUGAGGGGAGGGAUUCAUCCGGUCUCCCGCGCAGGGCGGGAAGGGCUGUGCGGCGUUGGUUCAUUCCACAUCUGAUAGAAUAUUGAGGUGUCUUGGCUAUAUCUCCUGGUGCGUCGUUCCAUUUUCCAACCUGUGUGGGAGUCAGAUGGGGAAGGGGGAUAGUGAUUCUGACAUAACCCUGCCUGCGUUUCUGGGUGAACUGAUCGCGUAGCAGCUUUAAGACCUUUUUGCAAUUCAGCUGGGGGAGUCUGAUUUCAAAGCUGGCCUUGCCUUUGGUCCGUGGCUAAUUCAGUCCAGGAGAGGUAGGCACGAGGCAUUCAGUGAAGUGAAGCGGGGAAGAUUGCUUUGCUGCCAACGCUUCAAUGAGAAACAAGCCUCCUGGGCCUAUCAGCUCAGGACAUCUCACCAGCCCUAAAAAUCCCUUCCUGGCUCCUGCAUCUACUUCCUGCCCCAGGAACUCAGCCCGCUUUCUGGAGGGGUUUGUAUGUGUCGCCCUUUCUGUUGAUGGGAUAUUUUUCUCGAUGGCUGGACAAGUGAGUUGCUGGUGCAGGAAAUGGGUGAUUCCCCCACAUGAAGCCUUGUUCAACUGUGAAGGAGAAGUGCUGGGGUAUUAACACAAAGGAUCAGUAAUUGACUGCAGCAGAUUUCCUUGCUGGACGUGCAGCUGUUGGAAGGAAGAAGCUCCUUGCUUUUCUGAGACUGCUUUUUGGUCUAUUUCAAGUUGGGUGUGGUGACAUGCCAGGGAUCCACACUGCUUUGCCCUAUCCAUUCAGUACACAGAGGCUGUUUUGAACAACUCAGUCUGUGUCUGUGGUUUGGACUUGAGCUUAAGGGGUUUAGAUACACCAGCCCUGUUAACUUUAACAAGAGCUGUGCAUCUAAAUCUCUUGCUUCAUUUUUGAAAAUUUUAGCCUUAAAACCCCAGCACUGCACACUUUCCUGUGGGUGCUUUAUUUCCCUAAUGGGGAAGAGCUCUAGUGGGUGCUUAUUAAAUGACUGUGUUGCUUGUUAACCUCCCUCCCCUUUUUAAAUCUGCGCUGUGCUAUCUAGGGUAGGUGGAGACAUCCUUUUAAUAUGGAAAAAACCCUUUCAGGGUGGGAUGUUUAAAGGGACAGAGGGGAUUUAGUCUCUGAACUCCUGUUGAAUUUCACUGGGAUUUGGGUGCUGAUUGGAAACCCUUAGCCUUGCUCACUGCAGUGCUGUUUGGGAGUGGGAAGCAAGCUGAGAAUGUGAAAGUGGAAUAAGUCAGUUUCCCCAUCUAGACAAACCCUUGGUGGCUGGCAGUGGCUUUGUGUGCGUGGGCAUUCUGGGGGAGGAGGUGACAUCCCCCAGGGGUUUUGAGAAUCUUAAGCCAUACAGAGCUGCCAGCCACACACCUCAGCUGCACAAGCACAGCACAUGCUGCUGUGCUCCCCAGUCUCCAUCAUGCACGUCACCUUGGAAAUCUCUCUCCUACAGCAGCGAGGGUUUUCCAGGGAUUGUACCACGACAGUUCACAUGUUGCCUUCUCAGCACUCCCCACCAGGGAACCAGAUGUUCCUGCUUGUGGACUGAGCCUGGAUUGCAGUUCAUUCCCCUGCACUGCCUAGAGAGGGUAAACGGCCAUAAGCUAUAGAUCUAAACUGCUUAUCACGUGUUAGCAACACUUGUGCCAAAAAAGCUUUGCCUUCUUCCCCCGGGAGUUGGCAGCUGAGCCCAUGGUGCAGUCGGGGUGGGGCUGGCAUUUUGAGCUCAGUGUCUUAGAUUUCCAAUGGGUUUCAGGCACCAACUCCCAUUGAAUUUCAGUGGGAUUCCCCUGCGCUCCUUUGGGGAAAAGCACUAGUCCCCAUCUGUUGGCUUUGAGCACUUGUCGGUGCCAAUGCGGCAUCCAAACUGAUCAGCAAUCAGACUACUUGGAGGGUGGGACUGUCGCUGCCUAAGGGGUUGAAGUGUUCAUCUCGGGUUUCCCUUGGGAAUUUCCAAGUGGUCUUGUCCUCAGUUCCUUCGGUCCCUCCUGGCAUUGCAGCGUUGCUAAGCACUGAUGUUGCUGAUCCAGAGGCAGCAGGAGUGGGAGGCAUAGGCAGACUUUCCUCUGGGGCAGAGUUUGUUCAUGGAUCGUAAGGUAGAAAGAUGGAGUUUUUCCGUGUGUUACCAAGUGGCUUGGCUAGUUUCAGAACCUGUUUGACAGCAAAAGUGUAAGGUGGGGGGGAGGGGGAUUCAGUUUAGGGAAGGAAAAAAAUUAGGCUCCAAUUAUUUUUAGGGUUGGCUGGAAAAGCUGCAGCACUUAGUGGAAGCAGGCCAGCUGCUUUGCCAGGGCUGGCUGCGUUUGCACCCAAAUGGCAUGCAAAGCUUUGGCUCUUGUCAGGGACAGCACUGCGUGUUGGGAGGGCUGGCUUGGUGCUGACGGAGGCGUUGAUACCGCAGGCUUUUAGAUACGGCAUGGUGGAAGCACCAGUGGGUUAGCUGGGCCCAACUAACAACUUGUCUAACUUCCCUCUGGCUUGGUAGCAUGUGCAGUCCCCUGAUUAGUGUAUUUCUGGAGCAUGUGCCGCUGCCUUAGUGCUAGGUCAGUCAGUGACUAGGGGUUCUGUAGCUGGGGCUUGGAUCCAGGUAUUGGGCUCUGUCCUCGUCAUCUCAGUGGGAAAGGUGGUCUGCUAGAGGGACUUCAUAAAUGGGCUGAUUUCUAGCUCUGCCAGCCAGUGCUCCGGCUCCAGCCAUUCUCCCAGUAUGAUGGCACUGCCCCUUCUGCUUCCAAGCCACAUUUGUGAUCAGCUCUGUUUUUCCCCAGAGUUGUUCUGACCUAGUUAGCAUCUUGUGCUUACUUUGUGCUGUGGUUCCUGUUAGUGCAAAGGUGCAGGACAGCAGUGAAUCUAGUUCCAAGCGCUGAAUGGAGCGGAAAUGGAGGUUGCUAGUGAUUUGAGUAAAAAUUGUGCAAAAAAAUACAGGGCAUGAUCCUGUUUCAAACUGGGGGUGGGGUGGGGCUUAGAACCUUCCCUGGGGUACCUUGCAGUUUCUCACUGUACUGCAGAGUCAACAUGUUAAUGUGAGCAAUGAAAUGGUACACCACAGAACGCAUCCCAGUUUCACUGGGGUAAAAGAAAAGUACGCUGGUUAAAGGUGACAGUCAUGUUCUCUGGGCAGGAGAACUCUGAUAUCCUAUAUGCAAAGGCUGGGCUCUGUCUUGUGCCAUGAGACUGAAGGACAAGGCUUUGUGAGGCAGACGUGGAUUCUUGCAGAUUUGGAGUGGAGCACGGAGGAACUGCUGCAGCUGUGAAUGAGCCACAGGUCAGCUAAACACGAGGGCUCUGGAUUUCAGUAGUGAGUCUGGGGGAAGUCCAGCCUGAGACUCCUCCAACGGGACUUGAUUUUCAAAAAGCAGGUGGUCAGCAAUUCCUGCAAACGAGGCCCCUUUUAAGGGUAGCCAGAAGUUGAAGCACCCAAAAUCCUUAGUCAUUGUUGAAAACUCUUGGCUGAGGCUCAUUCAUGUUAAACCUGAGACACCCAGUGUCUGAACCCUGAAUACUCUGGGCUGUUAUGUCAGUAGAAGGCACCUUGAAGCAUCUUGUCUCUUUAAUGCCGCAAAAGCCUUCAAAGCAGACAAAAUGCCUACGUUCUGCAUCUGACGGAAGGUCCACUGCAGUGCCAAGUGGAUGUGAAACACCGCUGGGUCUUUGCAUGCACUCGGGUAAAAUUGCUACAUGAGGCUGAUGGAACCAGGCCCAAAGUAUUCAAGGUUCCAGUCCCCCUCUGCGAUUGGAUUCAGGCUGAGUUGGCGCUUUGGCCAGUGCCUGUUUUGUGAUCAGCUUUGGGGACUGCCAAUGGGGGCUGUUAAAAACGCUGAGCUUGGCCUUCAUUCUGCACUUCCCAAUCAGCUUGUGGUUAGCAGGUUGGGAGGGGCCGAGGGAGAAAAUAGUUUGCCUCUUACCCAUUUGCAACUGCUGGCGAUUGCGUAACUGGAUUCCUCCUUUUACUAAGUCAUAUGUCACAUCCUUCUGAAAAUGACUCCACAGUUCUUGUUACAAACUAAGGGGAAGACUUCUAAAAAGCCCCUGAGCGAUUUUGGAGCACAGAUCUCUCUGAAUUGCCUGAUACUUGUGCUCCUAAACACCAGGUCAUGCUUCAAAAUUCCCCCCUUAAUGAUUAAAAUUGGGCAAAAAGGCUUUUUGGGGGGGGGGGUUAAACCCAUUUCAUAUUUUUUUCUCUUAAGGGCAGUUAGUUACAAGGCAGUUUCACACUGAGGUUUUCGUACUCUAGCACAAUGGCUGCAAUGUUUUGGGUUUGCAAGAUUUUUUUUUUUAAAACAAUGUAAACAUGCUGUUUGUUUGAGGCUUGGCUAAAAACGCAGGAGGGGUGUUUUAACGACACUUAGGCAACCUCUGGACCCACUUCCUCUCACUUUUGGAAGGCAAAGGGCUACUGUUUUGGUUUCACAGGUGCAAAUAAGGCCCCCUAGUACUUUACAAAUGAUCACCUGGUGUGUCUUCCUCCCUGUCCCCCAGUAUAUUUCACAACAGCUGCAAGAAGACAGCUUUGGACUCUGACACACGUGUCCAGAUCUUCACUGAAGCUGUGCUGUUUACAGCACCUGGAAUCACUGUAUUGAUUUAGACCAGCUGAUGUUCUGGCCCAUUAUCAACAUAAAACUCCAUAUUAUUAACAUAGGUUUUGAAAAACCUACAACACUAACUAGUUGCCACAUGGAGAAUUUGGAAGAGCCACUAUAUUUUUUACCAUUGAUCCUGUCUCACUUUUGCAUUUACCAUUAAACUGGUCAGUUUCCCUUUUGGGCAUCAGUUCACUUUCUCCUUCUGAUGCAGUUGUACUGUGUUUGGGUCUCUGAAUGCCAUUUAAAUCCAAAAAACUUUGUCACUGACCUGUUUUAUUUAAAAAUUCCAAAAAAUGUCUAUUCACACCAGGCUUUGUAAACCUUCCCCUUUGUUUUGUAUAGAGUCAAUUUUGGGUUCUGUGCAUACGUGGUCCUUUCAUUCCAGCCUUCUUCUAUGUUUAAUUCUAUAAGUCUGUGGAGUGAGAUACAUAUUUUUCACUCUUGGCAAGAUCGCAUGUCAUGUUUGUCUGGUGCCAUGAUGCCUUUCAGGAUAAAAUUGCCAAUGUGUCUUAAACCACAAUCCAUACAGCUGGGUCUAAGAUCAGUAUAUGCCCAGCACUUUGUAAAUGUGUCUUCAAAGGCAGUGCCAUGGAAGGAACUUGACUGAAAUGUAUUCCCUCUGCUAGCCAGUAAGCAAAUCAUUCUAAUGUAACCUGGAGGAGUUGUGCUUUCCAGGGUGGAGUCUGCCCUCAGAGACCCGAGCUUGUAAUGGAGAACCAAGCCAAUAAUCAUUAUGCACAUCUGUCUGAACUGUAUCAUUCUGUCUUGAGCUCAUUGCAUCUUGUAUCUGGAAGUGUUAAUUCAUGUGUGUGUGUGUUUGAAUUCCCCUUAACUGGAAAUAUGUCAUAGCUAUCUAUGAUAUGCAACACUAAAUGGCCUUCUCUUUUUACUGAUUUCUGUGUGAAUUUUAUUUUUACAACAAAAAAUUGUGUAUAUACUAAUAUUUUUCUUUUGUAUGCUACAGAUCACUCUUAUAAUAAAGAGGCUGUUUUCAACAA